AUGUGAAAAGUCCAGUUUAAAACAAAGCAGCACCGCAGCUUGCAGCUCGGCUUUUUGCGCAGCGAUCCCCCGACGCGUGACCAUGGAGGAAGUCCUCGCUCCUUUAAGGCAAGCUCUGAAGGAACAGGGUGAGCUGCUGCGCCUGCUGAAAGAGCAGGGAGCCCCUGAGCAGGACAUCAGUAAAGCUGUAGCAGAGCUGAAAGCCAGGAAGAGAAUUCUGGAAACAAAAGAGCUGGCUUUGCAGCCCAAAGAUGAUGAGGUCGACAGAUCAAAGAUAGAGGAUACAUUAAAGAGGAGAUUCUUCUAUGAUCAAGCCUUUGCCAUAUAUGGAGGUGUGAGCGGCCUGUACGACUUUGGCCCCGUGGGCUGUGCCCUGAAGAACAACAUCCUGCAGGCCUGGAGGCAGCACUUCAUCCAGGAGGAGCAGAUCCUGGAGAUCGACUGCACCAUGCUGACACCUGAGCCUGUCCUCAAGACAUCGGGGCAUGUGGAUAAAUUUGCUGACUACAUGGUGAAAGAUGCAAAAACGGGGGAAUGCUUCCGUGCUGAUCACCUCCUCAAAGCUCACUUAAAAAAGCUGAUGUCUGAUGAGAAAUGCUCAGUGGAGAAGGCGAAUGAGAUGGAGGAUGUGAUCACUCAGAUGGACAACUAUGCUCAGCAGGAGUUGGCUGAUCUCUUUGUGAAGUACAGCGUCAAGUCGCCCUCCACAGGAAAUGACCUCACACCUCCCAUCUCCUUCAACCUGAUGUUCCAGACAUCCAUUGGGCCAGGCGGGAAUAUGCCUGGCUAUCUGAGGCCUGAAACUGCCCAGGGGAUGUUCCUCAACUUCAAGCGCUUAUUGGAGUUUAACCAAGGCAAGCUUCCCUUUGGUGCAGCUCAGAUUGGCAACUCCUUCAGGAAUGAGAUCUCUCCUCGCUCUGGACUCAUCCGUGUCAGAGAGUUCACCAUGGCUGAGAUUGAGCACUUUGUGGACCCAGCUGAGAAGGUCCACCCUAAAUUCCCCAAUGUGGCUGACCUAGAAAUCAUGUUGUACUCCUCCAAGGCUCAGACCAGCGGCCAGUCUGCCCAAAUCAUGAGGCUGGGGGAUGCUGUGGAGCAGGGAGUGAUCAACAACUCUGUCCUGGGUUACUUCAUUGGAAGAAUCUACCUGUAUUUGAUCAAAGUGGGGUUGUCCAAAGAUAAAGUGCGUUUCCGUCAGCACAUGGAAAAUGAAAUGGCCCACUACGCCUGCGACUGCUGGGAUGCCGAGUCCAAAACCUCUUAUGGCUGGAUUGAGAUUGUGGGCUGUGCUGACCGCUCUUGCUAUGAUCUCUCGUGCCACUCCAGAGCCACCAAAGUCCCUCUAGUGGCCGAAAAGCUCCUCAAACAACCCAAAGUUGUAAAUGUCGUCCAGUUUGAGCCCAACAAGGGAGCCAUAGGCAUGGCCUACAAGAGAGAUGCCAAGUCAAUCCUGGAAUACUUGGCAAUCUGUGAUGAAUGUUACAUUACUGAUCAGGAGAAGCUGCUCAAUGAAAACGGGGAGUUCAUCAUCGAGACUGAGGGCAAGUCUUUUAAACUCAACAGAGACAUGGUCAGCGUGAGGAGAUUUCAGAAGACCUUGCACGUGGAGGAGAUUGUUCCCAAUGUAAUCGAGCCCUCCUUUGGCAUCGGCAGGAUCAUGUACUCUAUCUUCGAGCACUCGUUCCGCGUCCGGGAAGGUGAUGAGCAGAGAACGUAUUUCAGCUUCCCUGCCACUGUAGCUCCAUACAAAUGUUCUGUCCUUCCUCUGAGCCAAAACCAGGAGUUUAUGCCUUUUGUCCGGGAGUUGUCUGAGGCGUUGACCAAAAACGGUGUGUCUCACAAAGUGGACGACUCUUCAGGAUCCAUCGGGAAGCGCUACGCCAGGACAGAUGAGAUCGGAGUGGCCUUUGGCAUCACCAUUGACUUUGACACAGUGAACAAGACGCCCCACACAGCUACCCUGAGAGACCGCGACUCCAUGACUCAGAUCAGAGCUGAGGUCAGUGCGUUGCCAGGUAUUGUGCGAGAUCUGGCCAACGGCACCUUGAUGUGGGCUGAGGUGGAGAAAAAGUAUCCCAUCUUUGAGGGACAAGAGACCAGCAAGAGGGAGUAAAUAAAGUGGGACUCAUUAACUUCCUUUAAUUUCUACCUCUAA